CUCGCACUUCUCGCGAUACCCGACGCCCGACUUGUGCGCCCGGGAAACCCCGUUGCUCCCUUUCCCCUGGCUGGCAGCGCGGAGGCCGCACGAUGCCUGGAGUUACUGUAAAAGACGUGAACCAGCAGGAGUUCGUCAGAGCUCUGGCAGCCUUCCUCAAAAAGUCUGGGAAGCUGAAAGUCCCUGAAUGGGUGGACACUGUCAAGCUGGCCAAGCAUAAAGAGCUUGCUCCGUACGAUGAGAACUGGUUCUACACACGAGCUGCUUCCACAGCACGGCACCUGUACCUCCGGGGCGGCGCUGGAGUCGGCUCCAUGACCAAGAUCUAUGGAGGACGUCAGAGAAAUGGGGUCAUGCCCAGCCACUUUAGCAGAGGCUCCAAGAGCGUGGCCCGCAGGGUCCUCCAAGCCCUAGAGGGGCUGAAAAUGGUGGAAAAGGACCAAGAUGGUUGUCUAGAGCCAUCCUUCCCCCGUGUGGAGAGGUGCCAGGUCUCUCCUGCUGUCUGCACCUGCCCCUCAGGCGGGCAGGGGAUUCUGCAGAAAAGUGAACAGUGAGGGGCCUCACCCCGACCUCUCUGGCUGACUACCCCAAGCUCCAGGAAGGUAAUUUAGCGACUGUCCGCUUUCAUUAGCCUGCUCGUUAACUUUUCCCAAUUGAUUUUUCGGGGCUUUUGAUCUAAUGCUUGCACAAACGACACCCUGGCAGCUCCCAGGGGGGCUCCCACUCCUGCCCCCAGCUCGUUAGAAUGCAGCUGACUGGGGCCCUCAGUGGGACUUGGCUGGUGUCAUGUGGUCCCAUGGCCAGGUGCCUUCUUGGGAAGCCUGGCUUACAUCCAGGGUGGGCCUGGCAGUGACAUGGUUGAGAGCCUCCACUCAUGGGGGGCUGCAUGACCCUUCUCCCGCAGGGGACGCAAACUGACACCUCAGGGACAGAGAGAUCUGGACAGAAUCGCCGGA